AGUUGAGCCCCUCAUAUAAAGGCUUAAAUGUUUAUAUGGAGGUUGGGCCGGGUCAGUGGGGCGUAAAUUUUCCGAGACACGGCGAAAAAAUCUGUUGAGCAUUGGCCGGUUGUCAGGGCACUCAUAUCUGGUAAUUUGGCGACCGAACACGUGCUUUGAUCCCAAUCGAUAUGAACAUGUAAUUUCCCUAUCUCUAAUGAGUUUUUCCGUCCAUGUGCAGGUGCUAUCGAGGAAUAUGCUUGAUUUUGGUCAGUUCAGUACGGUCUUCGCUUCUGUUUGCAACGCUGUACAAACUUAUAGAAUUCUUCGCUGGGGAAAUGCAUGAAACUUUUGCGAUACUGGCACGAUUAUCCCGUUCAACACCCUUCAAGAGUGCCAGGACAGCAUUCAGUGGAAUUUUCGAGUGGAGAGGCGAUUAUUUCACUGCCUUUGAAUACGGCUGAUGCUGUUGAGUUGUGACGGAAGGUAAGGAAAUACCAGUUAAUAUCAUUAGAUCCAACUAGCAAAUCUUGAAAUUAUCAUUUUACACUGUGCAAUUCGCUGCUCUCUUUUUGUAUCUUCACCGCCCUAAUCCCCACAGCGUUCAAAUCUCGAGGGGGUGUAUCUGCGCAUCUCCGGUGGGCGAACCUUGGCCUACCCAGUGAUCUUUCGCCAGCCUCCAGAUCCCCGACCUCCUCAGUCCUCGGGCUGCCAGUCACUCUGGCGGAGAUCGCGACAUUGUCGCACGUCAGCCGUCGCUCAGGUUUCGUUGGCUUUUAUCUCCAUUCAAGAAAUCCGGAGACAUUAUCUCUCGGCAAUCUUGUCGCAUCAACAAAACACCAACAAUAAGAGCUCGGGAUCGGUCACCAACACAGCGAGCCACGCUCCAAUUUAAGUUAGAAUCACCAUCAUCAUUAUGAUCAUCAGUGUGCUCAGAGAUCCGGGGGAUAUGGGAUCUGGAGAUCUGUAGAUCUGUAUAUCAGUCUAUCUGAAGAUCUGUGUAUCUGUAUAUCUGUGUAUCUGGGGAUAUAGCUGAGAGGUUGAUAAGACGUUUUAAUUUUCCUGCAGCUCAGUCACGAAGCGAACGGCGACUGGAAAAGUUCGAGCGGCAAGCCAGGAAGGAAAAAUCGUGAGCGAAUAGGGAAAGUGUGGAAAGUGAGCAAUUGAAAGGAAAAUCCCAAAGAGGAAACCUUGAAAAGUGCGGGGAAACGGAAAAGCUAAUUGAAAGCAAUAAAGAUCAAGUAUUAGAUGUCGUGAAAAACCAAAACCGAAACCAAAGCAAUCAGUGAUUUAGCGUGUAAUAUAUGUUAUAUAUGUAUGCAUAUUUAUACAUACAGCGACAGCAACUGGCUUGGUCUGCCUGGAUGAUCACAAAUUUCAAUUGAAUUUAAUCAAAAUCACAAGAAAAAGCCAGCGAGAGAAAUCGUAAAAGGCAAAUAAACUACGGAUUUAAUUUCGAGUGCCUGCCAUGUGUUAGUCUGUGUGCGUAUCUGUGUGUGACCGAGAAACUUAGAUCGGUUGCAGUUUUUCGCGCGCCGCUGGCCGCUUUUCAUUGAAACGAACUUCAACACAGUCCACGCACAGUCUAUGCAAAUAGCCGAGUGUUAGUUGGGAAAAUGGGGAAAAUGGUCAGCGAGGAAAUCGCCACGGAUCCGGCGGCAUCGGAAAAAGUGGAGCUGUCGCGAUUCGGAGAGUUCUGCCAGCGGCGCGGCAUCAAUCCCAACCUGAUAAUGCUGAAGAUAACCCUUUUCGUGAUGUAUGGCGCGACCUCAUCCCUGCUGCCCUACCUCACGAUUCACAUGCAGUCGAUUGGACUCACGGUGGAGGAGAUUGCCAUCAUCUACCUGGCCCUGCCGUUCACCACCUUCCUCAGCCCGCCCAUAACAGGCUUCCUCGUUGACAAAUUUGGCAAAUACAAACCGGUCGUUGUGAUGAGUCUGCUCCUGAAUGCGAUUUUCCACCACUCGCUGCUCUUUAUUCCGCAGCAGGAGAUUCCGGGCGUGGUGCCAUCGGCGUUCGUAUUGAGACAUCCAGACAGCGGCGACAUCGAGGUCUGGUGGUCGCCGUGUCCGAGUCGAGAAUGUCCAGAGGAGCCGGAGCUGGAAUUGGCCGUGCAUCAGUGCGUCGACUAUUGUUUGAUGCAGGAGCAAGUUAAUCCCCAGCUUUACACGAAUACCCCGGCGUAUGAUGUGCGCCCGACAGCCACCUCGUCCACCACGCAGAGAUCCCAGCUAACAGCAACCACAACAAGGACGACCACAAUGGAACCCUCCUCGGAAUCGAGCUCAUCGCCGGCCCCAACCACAUCGACCACCACAUCGCCGGCGUCAUCAUUGCCAGCAUUAUUCGCAACGCAAACGAGGAGCAGAUACCAAGAAGUACUUAAUAUGUCAUCGACCAUGUUCCCGCCGAUGUCCCAGCUGAAGGACGCGUUGGAGGAGGGUGUGGAGCCCGGCCAGUCAUCGUCAGCCGAACUGUCGGCCAUGUCCAUGCAGGGAUUGAAUUUGUCAGACAGCAGCCAGAAGAAGUUGCUUUGGAGCAGUUGGGUGCACUCGGACAACGACGAUGCCACCUACUUCAUGCUGCAAAUGCAUCCCGAUCUCGCCGAUCCCACCGAGCAACUAGGCAUGGAGAUCGAGCAGGACGCCAACGAGACCGUCACCGACAUCCUGCAGAGAUUCGGUCACGACUACUUGGUCAGGGGUAACAUAAACCUCACGGACAUGGACGAUCUGGAUUUGAGAUGUGGCGGCUUAGUUCGCCGCACGAAUAUGACCAAUAUCGCAUCCGGAGCCGUUGAGUGCAUGAUGCAGCGUUGCACUUUCACGUUGAAUGCGCCGGAAAUCUGUCCGCCGGACUACAAGGAGACCGAUGAGAUCAUAUUCUGGGUGUACUUCUUGCUCAGAUUUUUGGCCACCACGAUGCUGUCCGCCGGAGUAACCAUCAUGGAUCCAAUUGCCCUGACAAUGAUUGAGAAGUACGGCGGAGACUUUGGACGUGAGCGUCUGUUCUCCAGCAUCGGAAUGGCCAUAUUCUCGCCGAUAACGGGCAUUAUGAUUGAUUACUCCUCGAGGGGCCUGGGGUACACGGACUACUCGGCAGCCUUCUAUACGUACGAUGUUCUGCUGGUGAUAUCCACGAUGUCGGUACUUAUGAUGCCUCUUGGCGAGAAACUGCCAGCCGACAAUGUGUUCCGGGAUCUGUGGAAUCUCCUCAAGAUGCCCCAUGUGAUUGCAUUCAUUUGCUUCCUGUUCGUGCUCGGUAACUUCUGGGGCUUCAUCGAGAGCUUCUUGUUCCUGUACCUCAAGGAACUGGGAGCUCCCAACUACCUGCUGGGCAUCACCAUCACCGUGGGCACCGUGAGCAGUAUUCCCUUCCUGUAUGGUGCGGAGAAAAUCACACGGAUCUUUGGGCACGUUAAUUUGAUUAUCAUCGCGUUCUUCUCGCACGCGGGUCGCCUGGUGGGCUACUCCUUCAUCGAGAAUGCCUGGUGGUGUUUUCCGUUCGAGGCCAUGGAGUCGUUAUCCUGUCAUCUCAUGUGGGUGGCUGCGGCGACCUACUGCUCGAUCCUGGCCCCGAAAAGUUUGCUGGCCACUCUGAUUGGUGUCCUGGGCAUGGCACAUUUCAGUUUGGGGCGCGGCAGUGGCAGUUUCACUGGAGGACUCCUCAUUGGUCAGUUCGGCACUCGAGAUGCCUUUCGGUACAUGGGCCUGCUGGCGGUGGUCGGAGGAAUCGCCUACGGGCUGCUCCACCUUAUUUGGCUGCGGAAAUUCGAUCAUACCACGGAGGAGUCCGAGGAGGAGGUCGAGGCAGUGGAGGCGGGAGAAACGGAGAAGCUCACCGAACCCGCCACAAAGGAGCAGGGCACUUCUAUGUCCUUGGAGCGACUGAGUCUGAUGAUUAAGUACAAUCAGAUUGGCAGUUUGUCGUCGCUGCCGCGGGGAUCGCGGGCCGAUAUCCAUGACCAUCUGUCCGUGCGACGCAGCAGCUACAACGUGGAGACUUUGAGGGGGGUUCCCCGGCACGGGAACAUCGGGAGCGCCUCCAAAGUGGAUAUCCUGCGCUCCGCGCUGGAGAUUAAUCACAAGUCCUCGAACAAUUCGAUGCUGAGCAAGGCCGAUAACAAGACGUCGAAUCAAUCAUUGGGUCGCAAUCGGGCCGACAGUGCCCCGAAAUUGAAUCACAGCAAUCUCAAGAAUAUUUCACAGCCCGCCUUGGAGGGCGUGGUCCUGGAGGAUCAAGAGGGUCGCAAGGUCAUUCCGGAGGAGACGGAGUUGCACUCCUCGAAAACCACCGUGGAUUUAGGGGAGGAGAAGGCGGAAUCGCCGCCACAGCAGCAACCGCAGGCAAAUGGAAAUGGGAAAAGUCCGCCGUUGCAGCAGGAUGAUGAAAAAUCCAAUGCCACUUGAUGGACUGCCAACCCAACUCUCUGACCUGCCACACGUGGCGUAUGAGUGAUAUUAACAAACCGAAUGCGAGAUAAAUGAAGAGAAAUAUGAAAUUGAUAAACGAGAACUAUUGUUUAGUUGUACAUGUGUGGUUUAUGUUAUAUAAAUGUGUAUGUCUAUGUAUAAAUUAUGCAAGAAGAGAAAAACUGAAUAAACUAAAAACUGUUGAAAACACAA